GUACAAGACCUGUACCGGUGAGGAAAUGGAUUCAAAAUGGCUGAAAACACACAGAAAAAAUCAGGAUGACUUUGAUUAUGAAGAAUUUUGUUCAAUAGUAACUGAAUAUAGGGCAGAGAUGAGUUCACCUACCAUAUUGCAGAGGAUUUUGACUGUGAUCCUACAUCCUAUACAAUGGAUAACAUCUAAGUUCAGUGAGCCGUUUGCUACUGAGGAGUAUACAUUUGAUGAUGAAUAUCAUGAUGUCUACCUUGGGGGAAGUGAUGGGGACUUGCUGUGGAGAGCAGAGGUCGCUGUACCAUUAUUCAGGAAAUUUGGCCUAUCUUUGUGGACCCAUCAUCACAUGACUGGGACCAGAAGCUCAUACCCAUCCAUGUGUCAUUGCGGGAAAAGUGUCGUCUGCUGUUCUAUGUGAUCAGUACUGACAAGAGAUCCCUCGGCUCGA